AUGGGAAUCUCUGUCAGGUCAAUGUCUCGCAUUAUAAAAAGUGACCUUAGGAUGGGUGCAUUUCGAAGAAUUACAGGACAAAGGCUAACCAAUUCCUCCCAAAAAAUUAGAGUGGAUAGAUGCAAAGUGCUCCUUGGAUUCCGCGCCAGCUCACAAGGCCCGGUCAACUCAGCAGUGGCUGCAAAAGAACAUUCCAGAGCCUCAUCUUUGCCUAGGAUUGGCCCUCAGGAAGCGCUGAUCUCAACCCACUAG